AUGGCAGAUCAGGAGAAGGACAACGUACCGAUUGAGAGUGAGGUGCAAGAUGGCGACAUUGACGAGUCAUAUGGCAACGACGAGCGAUGGUCGAACGCUUGUUCACAGUCUCACGAGACAAGGUCAGACAGGAGCGACGCAGUCCCUCUUGCUGCUGACAGUGACGCUGCACAAGAAGGGGCAAGGUCAAAUACUACCGAAGACACUGUUGAGACAGGGUCUUGCAUGCCGCCAUCGCCAUUACAUCCCACAAUCCUGGAACUCGACGAUGAAAACGCAGCGGAUGUGGUGGAGGAUGACAACAAACACAACAAACAAAGCAGUGAUCCUAGCGGAGUCGACACAAUCGUCGCCAGGGCCUGA